AUGGAUUUAAUCAAGAAUUUGCCUGCUGAUUUGGAUCUUGGACUGUGGUUGCUGUCUGUAGUGGUUGCUGGUUUGGUAUUUGUUUCUGUAUUGCAAGCUCUAGUGGUGUGUUGUAGGUAUCUGUUGGUUUUUCAUCAACAGGCACUUGGUUUGGUGCAUAUCAAUCAUUCGGAGUCUCUCUUGGAUCUACAUGGUGAUCACCUCCCCCUUUCUCUUCUCUCACGCCUCACGCCUCUGUGUCUCUUCUCUCUCACGCCUCACGCUGCCCUCCUCUCUGUUACUGGAGCAUCACCGCAAGGGUUAGACGAGCACACCGUAAGGGUUAGCACUACCAUCGCUUUGUCUCGGUUUAUAUUUGAUGCUGCUGCAAAGUUCUGUGUUGAUAUUGCAACUCAUCAGCAUGGAUGUUGUGUUCUGAAUCGAUGCAUUGAUAAGUCAGUUGGGAAAUAUCAGGAAAAGUUGGUUGCAGCAAUUGCUGCUUAUGGGCUUCUUCUUGCUCAAGAUGCUUUUGGAAAUUAUGUUGUCCAAUACGUUAUACAGGAGAUCCCUUUAGCUGCUGCCGGCUUGAUUUCUCAGUUUGAAGGGCACUAUGUGCACCUCUCGAUGCAAAAAUUCAGCAGUCAUGUUGUUGAAAAAUGCCUCAAACAUUUUGAAGAGAGCCGUCCAAGAAUCAUCCAUGAAUUGCUUUCAGUGCCUCACUUUGAACAGUUGCUGCAAGACCCUUUUGCCAACUAUGUCAUUCAAUCUGCACUUGAAGUUAGCAAGGAACAAUACUGGGCUCCUCCAAACUUCAGACGAUCAUUGUCAGUGAAAUUGAAGUUUUUGGCUGCUAGUAGGAAAUUAAUUAAGGUGAUGUUUAUGUUCGUCCAUCUGCAAAAAUACAUCCAACUGCUAAGAUUGGCCCUAAUGUUUCAAUCUCAGCAAAUGUUCGUAUAGCAGCAGGUGUAAGGCUUAUAAGUUGCAUCAUCUUAGAUGAUGUUUAAAUAAAGGAAAAUGCAGUAGUUAUGCAUGCUAUUGUUAG